GAAGUAUGGCCGUGUGGUCGCUCGAUUGAUAGUUUGCUGCAAAUGUGACAGUUACGCAAGAAGAUAAUUAAAUACGUAACAGUCGAAUCAGUCCAGUAAGAAGUCUCUCUCUCUCUGUUUUUGCUUUUUGGUCUCAAAUACGAAGAACAUACGAGAUUGCCGAAUGCAGCAGUGUGUAAGUACGCCUUUCUUAUAACACCGAAGGGCGCCACAUAUAAGUCAAGAUCAAAUGAUACAAAAAUUUCCAAGUAUCUGAAUAAUAAAGAUGAAUCGAUAUAUAACUUUAAACCAAUUGGGUGACGGAACUUUUGGUUCUGUCGUUCUUGGAGAACGUAUUGAUACGGGCGAAAAAGUCGCUAUAAAAAGAAUGAAGAGAAAGUAUUAUUCUUGGGAAGAGGCUAUGAAUCUGCGAGAAGUAAAGUCAUUGAAAAAACUUAGUCACGCAAACGUCGUAAAACUAAAAGAAGUUAUACGAGAGAAUGAUGUGCUGUAUUUUGUAUUUGAGUACAUGAAGGAGAAUCUCUAUCAACUAAUGAAGGAUAGAGAUAAACUUUUUCCCGAGCCGGUAAUAAGAAACAUGGUGUAUCAAGUAUUGCAAGGUCUCGCUUUUAUGCAUAAACAUGGUUUUUUUCAUCGUGAUAUGAAGCCAGAAAAUUUGUUAUGUAUGGGUCCUGAAUUAGUGAAGAUUGCUGAUUUUGGGCUAGCAAGAGAGAUCCGAUCGAGACCUCCAUAUACGGAUUAUGUAUCAACAAGAUGGUAUCGUGCACCAGAGGUGUUGCUACACUCAACGACUUACAACAGUCCAAUUGACAUUUGGGCAGUCGGUUGUAUAAUGGCCGAGUUAUACACAUUCAGACCUCUGUUUCCUGGCAAAAGUGAGAUCGACGAGAUAUUUAAAAUAUGUUCCGUAAUUGGUACGCCUGACAAAGAAGAUUGGCCAGAGGGAUACCAAUUAGCCGCGGCUAUGAAUUUCAAAUUUCCGAAUUUUACGCGUACGUCGUUGGCUGUUUUAAUACCAAAUGCCAGUCAAGAGGCUGUCAUUCUUAUGGAAGAUAUGUUACAAUGGAAUCCUAUAAAGAGACCAACAGCACAGCAGUCACUCAGGUAUCCGUAUUUUCAAGUCGGCGAUCCUCGUAUCAUUAAUAGUAAAAAGAUUGGUGUUGUAUCUCAACGAGAAUUUGUUAUGAAUAAAAUAAAUCUUCCACCUUCUGCACCUAAACAAUAUGAUUACUCUCAGGAUGAUCUUGUCGUCAAUAGUUUAGUUCAAUCGAGAGCACCUGAAAAGAUGCUGGUUGAACCACAACAGCAACCGGCGGUCCUGCCCAAUCAUAGUAAUCGCAAACACGAUAGCAAUGCCUCCAAAUGGGAUGAAGAUGAUUUUACUGAACUUCUAGGAAGCAAAGUUGUCCCGGAGAACCCAAGCGCGACGCUCAUCCCAGAUCGUGUGUAUAAAGAAAAUCGUGCCAAUUGGAAUGCCAACUACCAGCAAUCUGAUAAUUUGCACAGCAAUGUGAACUGGUCGCUACCAGCAUGGAAGGAAUCACCAUCGAGGAUGUGGAAUCAGUCAAAUCAAUCCAAUCAAAAAAACUUGCGCAAAGUUUCGGCGAAACAACACUACCUCAGUGUGGCUCGGUAUGUCGCAGGCCAGAGCACAAAUUUGCCAUCCAGAAAUGAGGAUUCCGAUAUCAACCGAUCUAAACUGCUAUUGAAUGGAUUCAUCGGUCAGGCAACAUCCAACAAAUAUGAGGAUUUUACAGAGUCCUUUUGGGGACCUAGAAAUAACAUUGAGAAUCAAACAAGGCAACAUUUUCUCGCGCGAAAUCGUUAUAUUGCCGAACAAAGCUUGAGAUUACCUUAUCCCAGCGUAUAUGGUACCCAAAGUAUCAAAACUACCAAUAAACCUAUGUUUCAACCAAACUUGUUUGGAAACGUUUUCAACACGAAAGCCAGCAGCGGGCCUCAUGGCCGAACAGAUUGGGCAGCAAAAUAUCUCAAAUGACCGUUAUAGAAAGGUUCGUUCUUCUCAAAUCGAUAAUUUGUCAUGGCCUAGGCAAAUUUCAACUGUGAUAGAACGAUGUUGUCGUUCCUUUAUGACAGAAACACAAGUAGAAAGAACGUAUUCUUUUUCAUGGUGAAAUUUUACGAACGUAAAAUCAUAUUUUAAUUACAUAUAAUAUCACAUGAAAAUGGAAUCGUCACGAUGUGUUAUCCAAUUGUAUAGCAUUCUCACAUGAUCAAAAUUCCAAAAUCGGUUAUAUAGAUAGAUAUUUAUAUAUAAGUCGUCCAUGUUAGUUGAUCAUGUGUGAAAAGGCUUAAUUUUUUAAGAAACGAAUAAUUUUCAAAAUGCGAUAAUAUAUGUAUGUAUGUA